GCCUCACAACUCCCUGCCUGGGCGGUGUGGCUGCCCUGAUCCGAGUUGCUGGACAGCCACCGCCUGCCUGUUCCCUGGUUCCUCCAUGGACCCAAGGAGAAAGGUGGAUCUGAAGCUCAUCAUUAUUGGAGCCCUAGGAGUGGGAAAGACCUCCCUCAUGAAUCAGUAUGUACACAAGACUUUCUAUGAGGAUUAUCAGACCACCCUGGGGGCUAGCAUCCUCUCCAAAGUCAUCAUGGUAGACAACACAACCUUGAAGUUACAGAUAUGGGACACAGGAGGUCAGGAACGGUUCCGCUCCAUGGUAUCCACCUUCUACAAGGGCUCGGAUGGCUGCAUCCUGGCCUUCGAUGUCACGGAUCGAGAUUCCUUCCAUGCCCUGGACACCUGGAGGGGGGACAUUCUCCAGAAAACAGUGCCCACGGAGCAAGUUUACCCCAUGGUGGUACUGGGGAACAAGAUCGACCUGGAUGACCGGGAGGUAUCUCAGGAGAAAGCCCUAGACUGGUGCAAAGAGAAGGACAUACCUUACUUCGAAGUCAGUGCUAAGAAUGACAUCAAUGUGGAGCAAGCGUUUGAACUGCUGGCCAGACAAGCACUGUCCCGGCAUCGAGGGAUUUUUGAGAACUACAUGACUGACUCUAUCAAGCUUUCACCAGCAGAGGAGCCAAGGAAUAAAUGCUGCUGACGUUUGAAACAGAGGCCACUCUAGGAAGGGGGCUGCUGAUUGUUCAAGACUGGAACUGGGUUGAAGACUGGUAGACCUCUGCCCCUAUAUUCCAUAACCUCUGUCCCAGGCUGCUGGGACCUGGUGACAAGAGGACACUCUGGAUGAGCCGUAAGGACAAGCAAUGCAUUGCCACUGGCUGAGAGCAGGAGAAAAACAGAGGGUGCUGAUGGACC